UGAAGCAGGAGCAAUGCUAAGUUCAUUAGAGGGAGAGAGAGAGAGAGAUAUGGAGCAAAAGAAUACUUUCCUCACCCUGUUAAUGCUACUUCUCUUUUCUUUUCUCCAAACUCCAGGCUUUGCAGCCACAAAAGCAAGCAGAAAGUCUUCUUAUGUUGUUUAUCUCGGUGCUCACUCCCCCAACACAAUGGAUGAUGAGGCUGUUCUGGUUUCUCACCAUCGACUCUUGACUUCAAUCUUGAAAAGCAAGGACAAGGCAAAAGAUGCAAUCUUUUACUCUUAUACAAAGCAUAUCAAUGGGUUUGCUGCAAAUUUGGAUGAAAAUGAAGCAAAUGAGAUCUUGAAGCAUCCAAGUGUUGUAUCAGUGUUCCCGAAUAGAGGUCACAAGCUUCAUACUACUCGUUCUUGGGAAUUUCUUGGUCUUGAGAAGGAUGGCAGAGUUAUGGCAGAAUCAUUGUGGUCGAAGACCAAGUUCGGUGAGGAUACGAUCAUUGGAAACCUUGACACUGGAGUGUGGCCAGAAUCUGAAAGCUUUAAGGAUGAGGGCAUUGGUCCUGUUCCAUCAAAGUGGAAGGGAAUCUGUCAGAAUGAUAAGGAUAAGAGAUUUACAUGUAACAGGAAGCUGAUCGGAGCUAGGUAUUUCAACAAGGGAUACAGGGAAGUGGUCGGUAACCAGAGAUCAAUCUCUGACAGCCCCCGGGACACCGAAGGGCAUGGCACACACACCUUGUCUACUGCUGGUGGCAGUUUUGUUGCCAACGCAAGCAUCUUUGGCUACGGUACUGGCACCACCAAAGGCGGCUCACCACGAGCCCGUGUCGCAGCCUAUAAAGUGUGUUGGCCACCUUUCCAUGGGGGCGAAUGCUUUGAUGCUGAUAUUCUUGCUGCAUUUGACAUGGCAAUUCAUGACGGUGUUGAUGCGCUCUCACUUUCCCUUGGAGGUUAUGCAACAGAUUAUUUCAAUGAUGGCCUUGCAAUCGGGUCAUUUCAUGCAAUUCAGAAGGGGAUUUCUGUAAUUUGUUCAGCUGGAAACUCUGGCCCGACACCGGCCUCAGUGUCAAACACAGCCCCUUGGAUCCUCACUGUCGGAGCAAGCACCAUGGAUAGAGAAUUUCCUGCUUAUGUUUCAUUCAGUGACAAUCAAAUCAAAGGACAAAGUCUUUCUUCACUGGGUCUUACACACGAACAAUAUGCCAUGAUCAGCUCAAUAGAAGCAAAGGCAGCAAAUUCAUCGGCUCAUGACGCGCAAUUAUGCUACUUGAAUUCUCUAGACCCUGAGAAAGUGAAAGGCAAGAUAGUUGUUUGUCUCCGUGGAAUCAAUCCCAGAGUGGAGAAAGGUGAAGCAGUUCAUCUCGCAGGUGGCGCCGGCAUGGUCCUUGCAAAUGAUAAAAGCGCUGGAGAUGAGAUCAUCGCCGAUGCUCAUGUCCUCCCUGCCACCCACAUUUCCUACUCUGAUGGUGUUUACUUAUUCACCUACCUCAAUUCAACCAAGUCACCCUUGGGAUAUAUUACACUACCUAAAACAAAGAUCGACACGAGUCCAGCUCCUGUCAUGGCUGCAUUCUCGUCCCAAGGACCAAACAGUGUCAACCCGGAGAUCCUCAAGCCUGAUAUCACUGCACCAGGAGUCAGCAUCCUUGCUGCCUAUAGUACGGCAUCAAGUCCGACCGGGCUCAGUUUUGAUGCUCGCCGGACUCCUUUCAAUGUCGAAUCAGGCACUUCCAUGUCUUGCCCUCAUAUAUCCGGUGUUGUCGGGCUACUCACAACUCUUCACCCUACAUGGAGCCCAGCUAUGAUCAAGUCAGCAAUCAUGACAACCGCUAGAAUUCGGGACAACAAGGAGAAGGUAAUCAAGAACUCAUCAAUGUAUGAUGCCACUCCAUUCAAUUAUGGUGCAGGACAUGUGAUGCCUAACCAUGCAAUGGAUCCUGGUUUGGUUUAUGAUAUCACUCCUAGUGACUACUUGGACUUCUUGUGUGCACUUGGCUAUAACUCAACAAGAAUGAGAGCAUUCAGCAAUGAGUCACAUUCAUGUCCUUUGAAGCCAAUGGAGCUUGAGAAUUUGAACUAUCCAUCCAUUUCCAUCCCUAAUCUCUUUGGUUCGAAGACGGUAACCCGAACGGUGACAAAUGUAGGGCCACCGGGCAAGUACAUUGCCUUCGUCUACGCUCCGAGAGGUGUAUCAGUGACGGUAAAACCUGCAGUCCUUGAUUUCGAAAAAAAUGGUGAGCUGAAGAAGUUUAAGGUUACAAUGAAAGUCAUCCAAGAAGAAGUUCAAUAUGAUACUUAUGUGUUUGGAAGGCUUAUAUGGUCUGAUGACAAGCAUCAUGUAAGGAGUCCUUUGGUGGUAAAGGCCAAAUAUUGAUGUUAUUUUGUACCAAAUAAGCUUACCGAACUGAUUAUAUGAAUGAUUAUUAAUGCUUAACUAUAUUC